CAACAGUUGUUUGUGUCAGCAGCAGAUGAAGUCCUUACUCGGCACUUUUAUCGUCGACCGAAAGUGUUUCUGGAGGACACAUGGAGGCUGAAAGCGAGUCGGGAACACUCGACGACGGCGUUCUGAGCGCCGAACAGCGGGAGAAACUGCGCUUGUUCAAAAUCCAGACGAGGAUCGACAACGAGAAGUACCUUAUGGCGCAUCCUGAGGUGGAGAUCUUGGUUGGAGAUUUUCUCAGGGAUGUCCUUCUUAAAAGGCCCACUGAUAUUUGUGCUUUUGCUGCAGAUCAUUUCACGAACCCAGACCUUCACAUGGUUAUUAAUGCUAAAAUGGAGACCAUAAAAACGGACUGAGAUGACGCCUGGUAGUAGUUGUGAUGGACAAAAAACAUGAAUUGUAUGCUGUAUGACGCUUACUGCUGGAUUUGUACACUGUUAAAAAAAUCUGCACAAUUUAUGGGUGUGGUUGCGAGGAAUUCACAUUAAAAAAAAUACAGUUACGAUGUGUAGGGCAUUACGUAUCCGAAAUUUCACAGUUGAUAACUGUUUUUACUUACGGUAAAUUCAUGUGAAAAAAAAUGGAUACAUUGUUAAACUGUUCACAAAAAAUAUAUAGAAUUUACAGUAAAAUACUGGCACCUGUGGUUGGCAGAAACUCACCGUAAAGCAAAUUAGGGCCAAUUUUAGUGUUGCCAAUCAGCUUAUCUCCAGGGGGUGGGAGGAAGCCGGAGAGAAUGCGCACAGUUACGGGAAGAACAUGCAAACUCCACACACAAUGACCACUAGCCCGGGUAUCAAACCCAGGACUUUCCAACUGUGGGGCACAAACGCUAACAGCAUCUUCUGCCCUAUCACCAAUACUGGUAUCUGCAAAAUGCCUGUCUUUCUGGGGCAUGUGAGCGGUACACAAGGAUUUUAACUUGAAAGUAUUUGUACAACCUUUCACUGGACAACUCACGACAUGGCCUUUUGUAACGUGUUCCUUCAAGUGAGCUAAUAAAAUUUUUUUA